AUGGCAGCAGACUGUUUAAGUCAGGUCCUUGAGGACAUGAGACUCGAGGACGGCAGGCCGGAUUAUUUGUUGCGUAGGUCAGCAAUUCAACAUCUACUCAACAGCUCAACCUUGACAUUUGGAGAAAAGCGCAUAUUCAACGCCCAUUUCAAAGGGAUCGGCUUUGUUCAUGACAUCAUCGCCGAAUUGCCAAUCGAGCUUCUUGCGCUCUUGGUAGAAUAUGUUGACCUCGAAGACUUUAUGUCUAUGCGUUCUGUUAACAGGGUCUGGAGAGCGAAAUUAUCCAACGAUAAGGUUUCCAUGUCAAUACUCCGUGUACACUUCCGUAGAACUUGGGAGGAUCUUAAGUUACUUGAUGAAAAAGACAAGAAGCUAAGGCUUGAUUGUUUGCCUCGGUUUUGUACGACACGCCUUAAGAGAUAUCGUCGCAAGUAUGAUGAAGUGUGUAUUCACCCAAAGCGACAUGUUUUUAGAAAUAUUUCACACCAACACCAUCUACGUGGAAAUAAAGGAUUGUUCCAGUACUGCAAUGGAAGGGUAGCAAUGAUGAUGGAUUACACUGUCACCGUCGCCAUCCAAGUGGAUAGUCUCUGGACACUUGCUGAAACUUGCUACAUGCAUGAACAACGAUACCGUCCCGACCAUUGGUUGCUCUCAAAUCAAACCCUUGUAGCCUACUUUGAUCAUCCAGUGGAGUCCAUUGACGACGACGGUCUCGUUGCUAUUCUACCAAUUCCACAUGCCGAGGGAGACGGUUCAAUUCUACACAUGGAGCGCAAUGAGAAUAAACUUGAUUUUCCCCAACCACCACCCUGUUGUAAACACGGUAUAUCAUCGGCCACAGCGAGUGGACUUCCCAACUACUCAUUCCUAGCCUUCAAUGUCUUUACCCAAGAAUUUCAAAAUAUCUCGAACCACCUCAAGGCUAUCCCAGUGGAUCCCUGUUGUGACAAGCCAUUAUUAUGGAGAGGCCAGGGCAUUGUCCUAUGUGGCAAGGAAGGUUUUGAGUCGAUACCGAGUACACCUGAUGGCAAACCACUAAAAGCCCUGGUAUCCGCUAGUGUCUGUGAUGAGAAGAGAAAGUUCAAGUGCGUAGGGGGUCAUGGUCUGCGUGAUAAUGUUAAAGCUGCUGCAGCCUUCCGUUUCCCCAUCGAAACACCAUUGCAAACGCAUUUAGAUUCAGAUUCAGAUUCAGAUUUCGAGUUUGGAGUUUGGAGAGGAAGAAAGAGGAAGGAAAGGGAAGGAAACUCGGGCUUUGUUUAUGUUGAGUUGGUUGAGUUGAGUUAA